AUGGCGAGUAUCUUCUCCAAGAUCGUCACGGCCCUCGUAGGGCUCCUAGCUCUAGCUCCCGCAGCUUCUGCGUUCACAAACCCCAUACGCAGCCCCGGAGGAAGUGAUCCGUUCAUGGUGUAUACUGGCGGCUACUACUACCUGAUGACCACGACAUGGACGGACGUGGAGAUGGCACGCGCAACCACCAUCGAGGGUCUCAAGACCGCCACAAAGAAAGUGGUCUACUCCACCUCGACUGCCUCACAAUGCUGCAAUCUCUGGGCUCCCGAGGUUCACUAUCUCGGCGGCAAGUGGUACAUCUACUACACGGCCGGCGAAACGACUGAUCUCGACGGCCAACGGCUCCAUGUUCUGACCGGCGGCUCCACUCCCUGGGACACAUUCGCCUACACCGGCCAACUAACAACCGAAUGGUCCAUCGACGCCUCCGUCCUCCGCACCAACGCAUACGGCAACUUCCUCAUGUUCUCCUGCUUCCACGGCGUAACCUACCAGUCCAUUUGCCUGCAGCAGCUAGGCACGGACUAUGUCUCCCUCACCGGCAACAUCCACGUCAUCUCGCAGCCCACCCUGGAUUUCGAGACGCACGGCACACCCGUCAACGAAGGCCCCGUCGCGCUCUACUUCAACGGCGUCACUUACAUCGCCUACUCCGCCUCGUACUGCUGGACACCGUACUACUGCCUCGGUCUGUUGACCUGGGACGGGGAGACCAACCUGACGUCGGCGAGUGCCUGGACCAAGCAUAAUGGCUGUGUGCUGUCCUCAGCGAACGGAAACUAUGGCACGGGCCACAACUCGUUCUUCCAGAGCCCGGAUACCACGCAGACGUGGAUCGCGUACCAUGCUACGAACAAUAGUGCUGGUGCUUGUGAUGAUUCGCGGUACACGAUGGUCCAGUUGCUCGGGACGCAUAGCGAUGGGAGCCCGAAUUUUGGGACGCCGGUGCCUUUCGGCCAUGUGUAUAGUGAGCCGAGUGGGGAAUAG